UGCGGUAGAGCAGCGCACAGCUUUGACGGCAGAGCGGCACGGGCUCUCCCCCGCCAUUUCCUCGUGCCGAGCCCUGGAAUGUCGAGUAGCGGCUCGGGCUCUUCCUCGCGGAAGGAGUUCGAUGUGAAGCAGAUCCUCAGGAUCCGAUGGAGGUGGUUCGGUCACCCCGCGGUGCCUCCGCCUCACUCCCCGCCGCUGGGAGACUACUUCGCCGGGCGAAGAGCGGGCGGCAGCUGCGGAGACGGAGCGUCGGUCAGCGGCUGUAACAGCGCCAAUUCAGCCAGCGCGAACCCGAGCGCUGGGGGUCACGGCGGGCUGGUGGCCAGCGGCAGCGCGGGGUCGAACCUGUGUAGCGGCAGCAGCAGAAAGUUUGCAGAUCCGGAGGGGAGUCGGGGCGGACCGGGAGGAGCGGCGGGAGCGACGGGGAGCUCCUGCACCCGCUCCUUCAGCCAGCCGGAGUGCAGGAGCCCCGCCGCCGCGCUGUCCUGGGUAUCCCCGCCGCCUCACCGUCGUUCCCGACCCGCGUCCAGCGUGGAGCCCCCGGGCGAGGCUCCGGUGCCUCAGCCGGCACCGGAGCCGUCCCCUCACGUCGGGGUCGAGGAGGAGGAGGAGGAGGCGGCGGCGGCGGUACCGUCAGCGUCGGGGACGAGCGAGGACAACCACCAGGAGACAGACUCCAGCUCGUGCAGGACGUCCAACAGCAGCGCCACACUGUCCUCGUGCGUGUCCAUGGAGCCAUGCGCGUGUCCAGAGGAGUGCACGUUCACCGCUCUGUCCCACGCCGACCUCACCUUCCACAAGAUGGAGGGCUACCUGAGGUCCAGACAGCUGUGUGACGUCGUACUGGUGGCUGGAGACCGGCGGAUACCUGCACACAGACUGGUGCUCUCAUCCGUGUCGGACUACUUCGCGGCCAUGUUCACCAGCGAUGUGCGGGAGGCCAAGCAGGACGAGGUGAAGAUGGAAGGAGUGGACCCCGAUGCAUUGUGGGUCCUGGUGCAGUAUGCAUACACAGGCCGGCUCGAUUUGAGAGAGGACACCAUUGAGUCUCUGCUGUCCGCCUCCUGCCUGCUGCAGCUGUCUUCAGUGGUUCAGGCUUGCUGUUCGUUCCUCAUGAAGCAGCUCCACCCCUCCAACUGUCUGGGCAUCCGCUCCUACGCCGACGCUCAGGGCUGCAAUGACCUGCAGCGGGCCGCUCACGCCUACACCAUGGAACACUUUCUAGAGGUGGUAGGAGGCCAGGAGUUCCUGUUGCUCCCAGUGGAGGAGAUGGAGAGGCUGAUCACGUCGGAUGACGUCAACGUUCCCGACGAGGAGACCGUGGUAACCUCUUUGCUAACGUGGGUCCGUCAUGAUGCCGCCACGCGUCAGCCUCACCUGCCCUCGCUGCUUGCUCACAUCCGACUGCCACUGCUGCAGCCACAGUUCCUGGCAGACCUGGAGUCCAACCCUCUGCUGCGGGACAGUAUGGAGUGCCAGCGGCUGCUUAUGGAGGGGAUGAAGUACCACCUCUUGCCCCAGCGCCAGCCGCUGCUUCAGAGUCCCCGCACCCGGCCUCGCAAGGCCACCGUCGGGGCCAUGUUCGCCGUAGGGGGCAUGGACGCUACAAAAGGUGCUACCAGCAUCGAGCAGUACUGCCUGCGUCGGGACACGUGGAGGCAGGUAGCCACCAUGAGUGGACGGAGGCUACAGUUUGGUGUAGCUGUCCUCGACGGCCGUCUCUACGUGGUGGGCGGCCGAGACGGGCUCAAGACCCUCAACACUGUGGAGUGUUACAACCCGCACAGCAAGGCCUGGAGCGUCAUGCCUCCAAUGUCCACACACAGGCACGGCUUAGGCGUAGCCGUCCUAGAGGGACCCAUGUACGCCGUAGGAGGACAUGAUGGCUGGAGCUACCUCAGCACAGUGGAAAGGUGGGACCCCCAAGCUCGCCAGUGGAGCUUCGUCGCAAGUAUGGCAACUCCCAGAAGCACAGUGGGAGUAGCUGUACUCAAUGGAAAGCUGUAUGCAGUAGGAGGUCGUGACGGCUCCUCCUGCCUGCGUUCAGUGGAGCGUUUCGACCCCCACACCAACAGGUGGAGCGGUUGUGCUCCCAUGGCUAAAAGGCGUGGAGGUGUGGGCGUGGCCACAUGGCAUGGCUUCCUGUACGCCAUCGGAGGUCAUGAUGCUCCGGCCUCAUCCCUUGCAUCUCGGCUAAGUGACUGUGUGGAGAGGUAUGACCCUCAGACAGAUGUGUGGACGGCAGUUGCCCCCAUGAGCAUCAGCAGAGAUGCCGUUGGUGUUUGUCUCCUUGGCGACCGUCUCUACGCCGUAGGCGGUUAUGACGGGCAGGUGUAUCUCAAUACGGUAGAAGCCUACGACCCACAGACAAACGAGUGGACACAGGUGGCCCCUCUGUGUCUGGGCAGGGCUGGAGCAUGUGUGGUGGCCGUCAGACUGUGAAAACACAAACUCCAACCCACCCUACGGCGGACCGUUAGCGACGUGGCUCCGAUCGUCCGUGUUACCUCUGAUGUGGUCGCUGAAGACCCACCGAGAAACCCAUCUGCCCGCCAGCAUGCGGCCAACGCCGGGAAGUGAGAGACAUUGAACGCACUUCAGGUUUAACGCUUCCGCAAAGUCAGACUCAACUCUCUCCUUAACGGCUGUCGUUUAUUUUGAUGUUUACUGUUAGGAUAGGGUUAAAAUUGUGUGUCAGGUUUCUGAUGAAGUCUUCGUAUUUGAACAUCCUGAUAACCUCUGCCACAGAAGUGAACCGCCACCGCCACCCAUGAUGAGGAAGAAUCUGCAGUGUUUAUUCGAGCAUGACGGAACACCUGUCUCGCAGUUUCUUUUCUUUUUAUCUUGCCUAUUAUUUUGUUCCUGUAGACAAGAUGGGACACACACACACACACACACACACACACACACACACACA